AAUACUUGCUCCGCUGAACAUAACACUAUUAUAAAGGCAAACCUGCACAAGAAUGGCUACUUGGCAUCCGGAGUUGGUGCCAUUCUCUGUGUGCAGCAUGUCUUGGUUUGUAGAAAAGGUGUCGGGGACCUGCAGAAGGGUGAGAAAUUCUGCAACAUAGACUACCUCAUUCUGUCCACCCUCACUGCCCUCGUACUCCUUUGGCUGAUGGUCACAUAUGACAUCACCUGUCAAUUCAACAAGAAGUUC